AUGAUGGUGUCACUCUUGUGCUUAGUGGUGACAUUGCUGGCAUUUUUGCUCUUCAACGACAUGAGACGACCGAAAAAAUACCCACCCGGCCCCGCUAUGCUCCCCGUAGUGGGCAAUUUCCUCCAGUACAGAGAGCGAUUGAAGGUGCUCGGCUACCAUCACCUCGUUUGGAUGGAAUUGUUCCAAAAAUACGGCGAAAUCGUCGGCAUGAAACUGGGCAGAAAUUACGUGAUCGGCGUUUUCGGAGCCGACGCCAUCAGGGAGGUUUUCAACCGGGAGGAUUUCGACGGGAGACCCGACGGUUUCUUCUUCAGGCUUCGCACGUUCGGCAAACGAUUAGGCAUAGUCUUUUCGGACGGCCAAUUCUGGCAGAACCAACGGAAAUUCUCCAUCCAGCACCUGCGCAGCUUCGGCUUCGGCCGCAAGGAGAUGGAGGAGAAGAUCCACGAGGAGACGCGCUGCCUGAUCGAGGCGUUCAAGCGCAACGGCGCCCAACCGAUCCACAUGCACGACGCCUUCGACGUGUCCGUCCUCAACGGCCUGUGGGCCAUGAUGGCCGGCCAGAGAUUCGAAACGGACGACAAGCGGCUGCGCCGGCUGUUGCAGAUCAUCCACGACGCCUUCCGGCUGGUCGACAUCUCCGGCGGCAUGCUCAACCAGAUGCCGUUCCUGCGGUACGUCGCGCCCAACGCCAGCGGCUACAACCAGAUCAGGGAGAUAUUGGAGAGGAUGUGGGAGUUCCUCGAGGAAACCAUCGAAGAUCACAGGAAGACGUUCUUCGUUUCUCAACAACCUAGGGAUCUCAUCGACGCGUUUCUUCAAAAGAUCGAUGUCAACAACGAUCCGACUUUUACUGACGACCAGCUAAUGUCCUUGUGUUUGGAUUUAUUCAUGGCAGGCGCCGAAACAACCAGCAACACCUUGGGCUUCGCCAUGCUCGCCAUGGUGCUACAUCCGGACGUUCAAAUGAAAGUCCAAAACGAAAUGGACAGAGAGGUGGGAAGAAACCGAUGGCCCGUUCUCGGCGAUAGAAUCAGAUUAAAAUACACCGAAGCGGUGCUGAUGGAGCUCCAGCGGCGAGUAACGAUAGCCCCGUUGGGCAUCGCCCAUCGGGCCGUCAGAGACGCCGAACUCUACGGGUAUCUGAUACCGGAGAACGCCAUUAUCCUGACCAAUUUGUACAGCGUGCACAUGGACGAGGCCUUCUGGAAGGACCCGUACCGGUUCGAUCCGGAGCGGUUUUUGAACGAGCGCGGCGAUUUGUCGGUGAACGAGCGACACUACGUCCCGUUCGGAGGCGGGAAGCGGCGGUGUUUGGGCGAGUCGCUGGGAAAGGCCAACAUAUUCCUGUUUUUCACGGCCAUAUUGCAUAAUUUUCGCGUGGAACGGGCCGACGAUGUGGAGUUGAAGCUGGAAGGACACGACGGGGUGACGAUGGCGCCGAAACCGUUCAGAGUUCGGCUUAUUUUGAGACAAGACUGAAAUAUGACGCGAGGCGAAUGCACUUCUAUUUAAUUUAAAAUUAACUAUCGCAAAAUAUAUUGUGUUUGGUUAUCAUACAAACAGAUAUAAUGC